CUGACAUUUCGAAAAUGUUUUAACCUAGUUUUUUUUUAAAUGUCCAUUACGAAAGUUAUUUAAAGUGAUUUAAAUAAUGUUGGGGUCAUCUGAACCUCGUGUUCCCAGAAUUCUAUCGCAAAUUGCGCUGAAGCCCAACAAAAUGAACAGUACCUUUUAUUUAAACAAAGCCAAAGAUUGUUUUAAAAAUAAUAAUUAUCCUGACGCGUACGAGAAUUUUGUAAACUACUUCGAUAGUUUAGAUGAUCCUUCCACAAGUACUCCAGCGGUCCAGUUGGGGUUUACCAAACUUGUAUGCCGUAUAGGAAUUGUUCUGGAAGAAGCCAAUGACACCGAAGAACUGCUUAAAGUUUAUUUGCAGGCACUGAACUUCUUUCCAAAUAAUUAUAUAAUUUUAAACAAUUUGGGUGGAUAUUUAUUUAAGAUGGGUGAAAUUGACAUUGCAAGGCGAUAUCUGGACUUAGCAGUGAGUUGCAGUAACAAUUAUUUACCGGCAGAAAAGAAUCUCAUGCAUUGCAAAUGGCAUCAAAUUCCCAGGUGGCAUUUCAAAAUGUUGAACGAUAAAUCCCGCAAUCUCGCUUAUUAUAAAGCUAUAAAUAAUAUUAUCAAUCAAGGAUAUACUAAUGUUGUUGAUAUUGGCGCUGGUUGUGGAUUAUUAUCAUUAAUUGCAUCGCAAAAUUCUGAGGUUAAUGUCACAGCUAUUGAGGAAAAUAAAUUGCUUGCCAAGAUGUGUGAAAGCAUUAUGAAGGAAAAUGACAGGAAUAACGUGAAGAUACUGAAUUACAAUUCGACAAAAUUGAAUGAACCUCCAGUAACCUGCAAUUUUUUGGUUACUGAAAUUUUCGAUGUGGCCAUAUUUGGUGAAAGAAUGCUUGAAAGUCUUGUACACGCUCACCAAGUACUAAUAACAGAAACAAAUAAUUUUAAAAUUGUACCUUGUGGUGCCAGAUUAUACGCUUCAGCUAUAAAUUACAAAAGUCCUCAAGCUUUUCGAGUGGUCAGUCAGAUACAGGAACUCAAUUUAAAAGAUAUGUGUAUAAGACAGAUCGAUGCGGAACCGUACGAAGCUGAAGAUUUGUCUGUUAAAGAUUUUGAGUACCUUUCAGAGCCAGUAAAAGUGUUUGAUGUGGAUUUUUAUGACAAACUGGAACUGAAUGAUAUGUUGAACAAUGUAGAAUAUUCUAAAAUUAUUGAGAUUACUUGCCAAAAGGAUGGUCCUUUGACGUCACUAGCCGUGUGGUUCGAUUUGGAUUUGGAUGAAGAGAUAACGAUAACGACGGAUCCUCGCAAUGAGAACCGCGUCAAAUGCUGGGAACAGGCUGUCUUUCAUCUAGUCCAUCCCAUCGACGUUGUUGCAGGGGAAGUGAUACAGUUCGAAGUUACCGUUUUGGAUAGUCAACUAAAAUUCUAUCAGAUAACCAAGCCAAAUACUUGCGUAGCCUGUUGGCUGGUCUCUAAAGAAAUUAUAACUUUUUUAAACGACGUACCAUUAAUCAACGAAGUUUUGACGUUGACAGGCGUAUUAAGUCAUCCUGAUUUUGUACGAGUUAGAUCUGGUAAAUCCCAUAAACCGAUAAUGGAUUUGAUGUGUUUUCCUUUGUUGGGUUUCCUAUUAGCUAUCAAACUAGGUUCGCAAUUUUACACUACUAUUAAGUCUGAUAGUGAUUUUCAGUAUAUGGACUUUUUCGACCAUAUUCUACGAGUCAAUAACAUUCCACAGGGUAAAAUGAUAGUUGUUGAAAACAAAAUGGGCCAUAAUUCAACGAUGUGCGGUCUUCACAAAUAUUUAAAAGAAUGCUGGGCGUGCGUACUAGAACCAAUGAGUACCGAUGGAUCACUACAUCCGACGAUAGGUUUGAAGGAAAAAGUUAGAACCGAACAUCCAGAGAUUAUAAUGUUUCCGUUAAUAGUUGUCGUCAAAGUUGUACUAAUUUAUUCGGAGAAGCUGGAGACAUGGAACUUUGUUCGAGACAGUAACGUUUUCGACUAUAAAAUAGCUCAAUUUAUGAACGAAUAUUCGGGAUGUGAACAUCCAAAUUUAGAAAAUUUCGCCUAUAAGGAAUAUUCUAAUCCCAUAUCUUUCUCCGUCGACGAUAAAGAUUAUGUAAGAAAGACUCAGAACAUACAAGUUACCGAAAGUGGGCAUAUUAACGGACUCUACACGUGGUACGAGAUGAGAUAUCAGAAGCAUAUCGAGUAUUCAACGAAAGAUAGUUUCCACUCGAAGAAAACCUGCUAUCUACUGGAGCACAAGCCCGUGGAGGCCGGCGAUUUGCUCAGGGUUGUGAUGCGACGGGAAGGCACCUACCUGGACUUCCACCUCGACGACCAGACGACAGCUUAAAAUGUCAUAAACGUCACAAAUUCGUUCGGCGCGACUCUUCGCUCUCCUCCGAAGGGUUAACUUGUACCUUUAUCGAUGUUAUCGACAACGGUGAACCGUCACUAUAAUUGUGAUUCGUUUUACUCAGAUCAUUUAUUGUAAACAGGGCUUAAGGCAAAGUCUGCCCAGACCAUAGUUUUUUUUUUAAUUUAUUUUAGUUAUAGUAAAUUAAUUUGGUGUCAGAAUCUACUAUGGGAAGUCACAUUUUUUUUAUAAAUAUUUCAUUGCUACUAAAUCCGUCGUCACCCUGUAUAUUCGCCUACUGAAAUUGAAUUAUUUUUUUAUUUAUAUAAUGCCACCGGGUAUAGGAUCCAUGGACACGUUACAAUGGCUUACCCAAAACGCUGUUUUCAUUCGAUUAUAUAGUACAGGGUGUCCCAUUUUCGUGUGUUUUACAGUUCCCAUUCUCGUUUAUGAGUAUAGGUAUAAAGAUAUACGGUUUUCACCCCACUGAAUUUUUUAUGAAACCGAAUUUGAAAAUGAAAAUUUUGCGAAUUUGAAACUUUAACCCUUUGUAUAGUCUGUCCAAUGACAAGAUUCUUGACAGUGAUAGAUGUGUCUGUCAUUUUAAUCUCAAAGCAGUUUAUUUAAUUUUACAAAG